GGGGACACAGGUGCACAGAGUGUCCAGGGCAGACAGGGAGGCAGGAGGCUGAGUGCGCUGGAGGAGCCGCCUGGUAAAGCCACACUCACUGGAAGACGUCUUCACUGCUUGCAGCGCCCCGGGCCCUUCGCUGCCGCGUCUUCUCCAGUAGGAGCUGAUUAACCCCUUGCCCGACCAUGGGCUCCACAGCAUCGUGUAGAGGAUUGUUUAUUACGGGCUGCUUCCUGGCUCUGCUCCUGCCAUUGCUCGUCUUGGGAAAGCCAUGCCACAAACUGAAGUUCACAGUACCACCUGUUAUCCAAUCAGGAUCUGUAGUUGGCCAAGUAAACUUGAAAUCCUGUAUGUAUCCCGAUUACGUUCUCGGAGAAACAAACAGUCCUGAUUUUAUUGUUAAAAAGGAGGAUUCCCAUUAUGUCAUAUAUUCUACCAAGAAAAUUACAAUGCCCGAUCAUGCCUUGUCAUUUGGGAUUAUUCUGAAGGAUAAAGUUUUCUUGACUGAGAAGAUUAUUCACGUUAAACUUGUAUCUGAAGCAAAGGCUGGCAAAACCAGGCAUGUCAGAGAACUAUUAAAGCGUACAAAAAGAAGAUGGGCCCCUAUACCCUUUUCAAUUAUGGAGAACUACGCAGGGAAGUAUCCAUAUUGGGUUGAAAAGAUCCAAUCUGACACCCAGUUAGAUUACGAAAUUCUAUACUCCAUCUCUGGGGACGGAGUAGAUCAGCCGCCCAUUGGAUUGUUUACAAUAAAUCAGAAAACCGGAGAUAUCUAUGUCAAUGGACCAGUUGAUCGUGAAGAAUACCCAUCUUUCCAGCUUAUAGCUUAUGCAAAAACACCAGAUGGUUAUGCACCUGAAUCCCCCCUAGACAUGCCAGUUGUAGUAGAAGACGACAAUGAUAAUGCACCUAUUUUUACAGAGGAGACAUUUUGUGCAGAAAUUCUGGAGCACAGCCGUGCAGAUACUGUUGUGGGAAGGGUAAAUGCUACUGACAGAGAUCUAGCAGGCUCUGCGCACACCAAGCUGAGAUAUUAUCUCAUUGGACAAAAUCCUCCGAAACCUGUUAUGUUUAACAUACAUGGAGAAACUGGCAUAAUCACCACCGCUUCAAACCUGCUUGACAGAGAGACUCAAGACCACUACACCCUUCUACUUGAAGUCCGUGACAUGGAUGGAAAGUACGGCUGCUUAUCUUCCACUGGAACAAUGUCAGUAACUGUCCUCGACGCCAAUGAUUUCGCUCCAACUUUCGUUAAGCAAUCAUAUCAGGUAGAGGUGAAUGAAAAUGAAAGUGGAAUGGUGAUACUGAAAAUCCCUGUCUUGGACAACGACCUGCCUAAUACGCCAAACUGGAGAGCCAUAUUUUCAAUCACCCAAGGAAAUGAGUUGGUUCAUUUCAACAUAACUACUGAUCCAAAAACAAAUGAGGGACUGCUCAGUGUUAUAAAGCCAAUCGACUAUGAGAAAAACAAACAAUUUCUAUUACAAGUGUCUGUUGCUAAUGAGCUGAGCCUUGUGACACAGUCUGGGACAAAGACCAGGGGUGUCAGCACUAUUCCAGUUACUGUCAUUGUAAAAGAUGUGGAUGAAGGACCGGAGUGCCGACCUCAAAUUAAAGAAGUAAGCGUGAAUGAAAAUCAGACCGCCGGACUACUUAUUGCAGAAAAUCCAACUUUUGACCCUGAAACUAAAAGCAGCUCUGGAAUACGGUACCGGAUUCUGUCAGAUCCACUGUCCUUGGUUAGCAUUGAUGGAAACACAGGCCGGAUAACAACAUCAAAAGUUUUGGAUUAUGAGUCAGAACAGAUUCCAACCCAUAAAUACAAUUUCACAUUUUUGGCAACUGAUCAAACUGGAAAAUCUGGUACCUGCACCAUCACCAUCAUAAUUAAGGAUGUGAAUGACAACGGCCCAAUGAUGUCCAGAACUGAUAAUAUAAUUUGCCAGCUGGGCAAAACAUAUGCAGAUGUUGUAGCAACUGGUGAUGAUAGUGUAGCCGGUGGCAACCCCUACACAUUCGUCUUGGAUACCAGUGCAGAUUCAUCAGUUACAAGCAGAUGGCGCAUUGUCUCGCAGACUGGAAGUUCUCUACGUAUAGAAGCAGUGGGUGAUAUUCCGAUUGGAAGUUAUGAGGUUCCAGUAAAAAUUCUUGAUAGGCAGGGUUAUGGCACUACACAGAAGAUUAUUAUUAGAAAGUGUGAAUGCGCUGAUGGCAGCAACUGCAGCGACCGUUCAGCUAAUAAUAAUGUGGCCCUUGGAGGUCUGGCUAUUCUGUUGAUGGUCCUGUCAGCAUUGCUGUUCGCUUUAUUUCUUUGUUUCCUUCUGGCCUGCCUAUGUGGAUCUGGAGCAGGUAUAUCGAAAGCUGGAUUCCCUGAUGAUGGACCACAGCAGAACUUACUUAUAAACAACACUGAAGCACCUGGAGCCGAUGUUAUGGAAGGCAAUUUCAAAGUUCCAGUGGUCAUGGUAAAUCCCGAUAUUGCUGGAGUUGCGCCACCUGGUUCACAUGAAAGUGGACAACAUGUUACACAAGUGGAACAUGUAACACACACAAAAAGAUCAAAUGUGCAUAAUGAAUUCACUGAUGGUAGACUAACGCUACCACAUCUUAGAGAAGGACAUCACACAAUAGAAGGGGGCAGACACACUUAUGGCGAUUGGCAUCAUUUUGUGAACACUCGUCUUGGAGAUAAAUUAUACAUGUGCGGACAGGAUGAAGAACAUCAGUGUGGCAAGGAUUACGUUGUGCCAUACAACUAUGAGGGAAAGGGGUCUGUGGCUGGAUCUGUGGGCUGCUGCAGUGAUGUUCGAGGAGAAGAUGAUAGAAUGGACUUUUUAAAUCACCUAGAGCCUAAAUUCAGGACAUUAGCAGAAGUCUGUGCAAAGAAAUGAAAAAGUAUUUUGUCCACAAUUAGGAAUUCUUUUAAAAUUUGCCUAGGUCUAAAUUCUUAUAACGCGCUAAAGCCACUUCUAGUGAUUAUAUAACAAUUUUGUUUCCCCCAACUACUUGUCCAGUUCAGUGUGACGCGAGGGAAAUCUGUUCUGUUGCAUCCAACACGAAUAAGGUCCAGCACAUCAAGAAGGAUCUAAUUAAAAAUUCAGUCUUUAUUAUCCAUAGUUUUUUUUCAUGGGCUAAACAUUUUUCCAAUUUGUCUUUAUGAAAAGUUUUCAGCAGGUUUUGUGAUACAUGCAGUAAAAAAUCAGACUUACCCUCCCGAGUUCCGUCAGCUGACACCUCUGAUCUCCUGACCUUAUAAAGAAGAUUCAUUUAAGCCAUAUUUCUUUGCGUUUGAUAAGCAUUUAGCUAUAACCAAUGUUUAUGAGGUCAGGAGAUCAGCGGCUUCAUAUGAGCUGUCGGCUGACAGAACUCAGGAGGGACAGUCUGCAAAAAGACUUUUAACCACAUGUAUCACAAAAACUGGUGACUAUUUUUAAUACAGACCAAUGGAAAAUAUUUGGAGCCCAAAAUGAGUAAAAUACAAUUGUAAAAAAAAAAAAAUUGCCCCAAAGGUGUCCAUAGACUUUAACCUCUACAUCACCAGGCGAACCCAGACCGGAUUUUAGCAUUUAUUAGAAAUAAAAUUUCAUAUUUGCUUUCACCCUUGUUCUCUUUACAUAAAUUAGAAUGGGAAGUACAUUUUGAAGUAAUUCAAAAUGUUGUUCUUUCAUACUUUUGUAUGUUAUAGGGUUUAGAUCUGACUUUUAUUACGGUUCCCUAGAUAGAUGUUGUUCGUUUUUUUUUUUUUUUUUAGCCAUAUUAUUUUUGUCAAACAUUUAUCAGUUUAGUCAACCAUAAAUCCAAUUCAGCCCAAAGUGAUCCCUUUUUUUUUUUUUAUUAUUAUUUUUUUUAUUAUCUGUUUAGCUUUUUACCUAACAAUUACUGCUUUUGCGUCUUUUUUUACAGAGGAGGAGUAAGGGUUUCACUCUCGCACAUCUCUUAAUAUAAUAGAAUUUGGGUACUUUCUUUUUAAGAUGCUGCACCUUUCAGAUUUUUAAACAUAUUGGCGAAAUGUAAAUUAAGUAGAACUGAAAUUAAUAAUAAAACACAACAAAUUUGAAAAGUAGUACACUUUAGCACACUUUUUUUUAUUGUUAUAUUUAUAUUUUUAUGUAGUAGACACAUACUUGAGAGCUAGUGUUCUAUUAUUGUGUAUGUAAAAAAGAAAAUGGUCAAAGUACACCCUUCCUUGAGCCAUUAACGUUAAAUAGGGUUUCAGUCGGAGACAUAACUUGAAGCUCAUAGUCACGAAUGCUAACUUUAUACCAGUGCCUUCCAGCUAUCAUAUGUCUUUUAGAGUGCUUGUCUCCUCAUAUGGGGUUAAGGGAUUUUUUGGGCUUUCCCCUAUGGCUUUGGUGUAGGUAAAAUCCUGACACCCAGUUGUUACGCCUUUUAAUUUCAGUUGUCUGUUGUACAUAGUGGUCACAUGUGAAGUGUGAAACUACAGUGACUUAGAUCAAAUUGAAAACUCACAUUCCCCUGUCAAAAAAUGUCAUUGAUCUAUUGUAUUUUUUUAAUUUUUUAUUUCUUCUAAUGUAAAUUGCACUGAUAUUUAAAUUGCUCAAUUAUUGUUGUAUAUGUUAAGUAUGCAACUUUUGUGCAAAUACGAAUUGUGAAAGUGAUGUCUACACCGGAAUGUACGCUUUGCACUUGCUGAAACAGAAAGUGUACAUUUUUUGUAUUUUCUUUCCCCUUUUUUUUUCCCUUUCAUUUUUAUGCUUGCAAAGUUUACUUUUGUAGAUGCAAACCAAAUUAAAACCAUCACUUACAAUACAAAAUGUACAGUGUUAAUAUUUUUGUAAGAAUAUGCUUUUUAAUAACAAUUUCUAUGCAUAGAUUGCCGUGUAAGAAAAUGCUGCAUACUGUGUUUGAAUUAGCAUUAGACUUUUUAGCACAUUUUACGUAAAUAAAUGAAGAUUUACUUACUGUUUGAUGUAAAAUGUAUUUUAUAAGUGUGGGCUUCAAAUCUUAAUUUUUUGUUUAAUUUUAAAUCUCUGAUUGCAGUCAAUAGAGACGCUUUGAAACUUCAAUAGACCAAAUACGUCUCACAGCUGAGUGGUGGCUAUAGCUGCACACAUUCUACAACUAGAAUGGAUAGAAAUCCUUCUCCUUUCCUGUAAUGAUGUAUUAGCCACACCUCGACACCUCUCAGCUGUGAGCAGGAUUAGGGUUCAUGCACACAAACGUAUUUUCUUUCCAUGUCCAUUCAGUGUUGUUUUUCUUUACUCCGUGUGCAUUCCGUUUCCGUAUUUCCGU